AAACUUUCGCGUUCUUUUUCCGGCAAACUCGCUCGGUCGAACACAUUUCGGUGCGAGCUGCGCAGAGUUUUUCCCCGUUUUAGCCACAAUGGUCAACCUACGCCAGCGAAAGAAGACCAGGAAGCUACGUGGUCAUGUCAGCCACGGACACGGUCGUAUUGGCAAGCACCGCAAGCAUCCCGGAGGUCGCGGUAACGCCGGUGGCAUGCACCACCACCGGAUAAACUACGACAAGUACCAUCCCGGAUACUUCGGCAAGGUCGGUAUGCGAAACUUCCACCUGAACCGCAACCACCAGUACUGCCCCACGCUCAACCUGACCAAGCUGUGGGCCCUGGUCGGCGAGGACAAGCGCAUCGAGUGCAAGAAGGACGCCACCAAGGUGCCGGUUGUGGAUCUGGUCAAAUUCGGUUACUUCAAACUGCUCGGAACCGGCCACAUCCCCAAGCAGCCGAUCAUCGUGAAGGCCAAGUUCUUCUCGCGCAACGCCGAGCGCAAGAUCAAGCUGGCUGGCGGAGCCUGCAUCCUGAGGGCGUAAAAAAACAUUCGUUUUUCUCUAUUAAGGCUGCGUAACAAAUAAUGUGAAAUGUUUUCGUCUUGUGUGAUGAAACCCGGAUGUGCAUCCCGCUGGGAAAUAUACACGGUUAAAAGGUUGAACGCAACACGAAAUGGUA